AUGGAUCGAAGAAAUGUUCAUGCUCAGUCCUCUAGUUAUGUAGGACUUCUUUACAGUCAACAAGGCAGUGUUGCCCGUGAAGACUUUCCUUAUGAAAACACACCAGUACCCACACCAGUACCCACACCAGUGGACCGUGUUGUUCGACGCAAAUGGACCCCUGCUGAUGACGAGGUGCUAAUCAGUGGUUGGCUUAACACUUCCAAAGAUGCUAUUGUUGGCAAUGACCAGAAGUCGCAGACCUUCUGGCAACGGGUGGCUGACUAUUAUGCAGCAAGUCCUCACGGAGGAGAGGAUGGUGAAAAGCGUACUCAUCAUUGUGUUAAGAAGAGGUGGCAUAGAAUCAAUGAUCAGGUUAACAAGUUCUGUGGGGCAUUUUCAGCAGCAGACAGACAGAUUAGCAGUGGUGAGAGUGACACUGAUGUUCUCAAGAAGGCGCAUGACAUCUUCUACUCUGAUCACAACAGCAGGUUCAACCUUGAGCACGCGUGGUGUCUCUUGAGGUAUGAACAGAAAUGGCUUUGCCUCAACACUCCAAAGCCAACUCCAAAGUGGAAAACUGGUGAGACUAGUACCGAGACUCCAACCACCGAAGUUCCUGAUCAUCUCAUCCGGCCUGAAGGUAUCAAGGCAGCUAAAGCUAGAAGGAAUACUGCUCAAGGGAAGUCUGUUGCUGAUUAUAAGUCCAUUUGGAAAUGA